UCCUGGUGGUCCCUGAAGGCAGCCACAGGAGAGGAGGAAGGAACCGUGGCAACGCAGCCUGUCACAAAGCUAACGUUAUCCGCGCACUGCUAAGCCCUCUGAAUGCAUCAGCUUUGUCAACAACAUGCACUUAAAUGUUUACCGAGGCUCUCUACCAUUUGAUCUUUACUUCGUAGCUUCCUCUAAAGCGUAAUAACAGAUUUACAAUGGCAUUUUUUAACGAGCCAAGCUAGCAGACCUUUUCUUCGUCGUAGCCAAAUCACUCGACCAGCUAACCAGAACGAGUUGUUGUUAGCUUAAACUGGCUUGGUGAAUAUGGCGAUUGUGUCUGGCUCCUGUGCCAGGGUAAACGGGUCUAGAAAUGGGCCGUCUGUGUCAGCUACACCCUCUGGAUCUGUUGGACAAUCUCAGCCCAUGAUAGCGGUAUGGGAAUGGCAGGAUGACCUGGGCUAUUGGCGGCCUUACAGCGGCCAAGUGAGCGCCUACAUCGAGCGGUGUCUGGCAUCGCGGGGCCAGAGAGGAGGAGGAGGACCCGGCUCAACGAGCAUCUGCCUCGGACAAUCCGACCCAAGCCUGUCGCCUUAUCUCAUUGACAUACCAAGCUUGAAACAGUUUCGGCAGGACACAGGAAAGACGCGGUCAGUACGUCGGUCCCUGUUUGCCCAGUCCUCAGGCCUCGGCAGUGGUGUGUACUGGGAAUGGCUCAACGAUGAAGGAGGAUGGACUCCAUAUGAGACUCGAACCUCUAUCCUUUUAGAGCACAGCUAUCAGGCCCGCCAAGGCACGGCAGACUUGGGCCCGCAUGGAUACAAUUACAUAGUGGAUCUUACAUCUCUGGCCCAAGUUAACAAAGCAACGGGUUUCAGACGGCAGGUCCGACGGCAGUGUAACCUCCCCUACCCACUGGCCUCCUCUGGGCCCCCAGCUAUCCCCUCGGGCCUUGCGUGCUCCUGCCAGCAGUGUUUGAGCCACAGCAGCACAGGACCCAUGCCCAGCCGUUCACGACAUUCCUUUUCAUCAGGCAGUCUGAACCGGCCCAGUCUUCAAGCAACAGGGAGGGCUACAGCGGCUCAUCCCACUUCUGUCUACUCGCCGUACCCUAGGAGACCCCUCUCUGUCGGGGCAAUGUCUUGGGGCAGCCCCUGGCCUCCACCCCCCUCUGGUAGUCAACUGUCUGCACCGCUUAUGACCAGCUCUACCAGUGCCAAUGGGUUAAGUGUUCCUUCCAUCUCUGUGCAGCUGAACGGAUCGACCAGUGUAAGCUCUGCCCUGGCAGGCAUGGCCUCCAUUUUGAUGUCAGCAGUGGGACUCGGCGUGCACUUCACCACUGCCCCCCUCCCUCAACAACAACAGCAGCAGCAGCAGCAACCGCAGCAACCUGCUCCUUUCUCUCUUCCUCCUCCUCUCCUCCCCCAAGCCAGCAGGCCCAGCAAGCCCCACAGCAGCAGCAGCAGUUCAGUUAGGAGAGCAAAGAGGCAGCACAGGAGAGCCUCAGCUCAGAGACCUGAGGAGGUGAUUCAGCGCUACAUGGAGAUAGUUGCCGGAGUACCAGAUGAGGAUUGCAUUAUCUGCAUGGAUCAACUGUCCAAUCCAUCCGGCUACGAGACACCGUCCACAGAGGAGGGAGGCCAGAGCAUCCUGCCAGUCACUGUGGGGAAAUUCAUCAAAUGUGGACACACCCUGCACAUGCUCUGCAUGCUGGCCAUGUACAACAACGGAACAAAGGAUGGCAGUCUGCAGUGCCCCUCGUGCAAGACAAUCUAUGGAGAGAAGACCGGCACCCAGCCCAAAGGCAAGAUGGAAAUUUACAGCAUCGCCCAGUCGUUGCCAGGCCACCCAGACUGUGGCACCAUCCAGAUCAUCUACAGCAUACCACCUGGCAUACAGGGCCCGGAACAUCCCAACCCAGGACAGCCGUACACCUGUAGAGGCUUCCCUCGCUUCUGUUUUCUACCAGACAACGACAAGGGCAGGAAGGUGCUGGAGCUGCUGAAGGUGGCGUGGAUGAGACGCCUCAUCUUCACCGUGGGAACGUCCAGCACCACCGGCGAGCCCGACACGGUGGUGUGGAACGGCAUUCACCACAAAACUGAGAUGAUGUCCAACUUGUCGGGCCACGGCUACCCUGACCCCAACUAUUUGGACAAUGUUCUGUCUGAGCUGGCCUCUCAGGGCGUGACAGAGGACUGCUUCAAACCUCCAGGCAGUAGCAGCAGCAGCAGCAGCUAGGUCACAGCUCUGAGCGCCACCCACUGCUGACCAGAGUUCAAAUCCCCUCAGUGGCCAGGUGGACCCUCUGCAACCUCUCUCUGUUCUUAAGUUUAUUCAGCAUCUGCCCGAACCUCAUUGAGUGAGCAAAGGGGGAGAAGUGAGCUAAAUAAAAAAAAUAAAUGGUCUUGAAUAGGGAUGCUAAUUAAAUUUUUCUCUGAACGAUAGGCGACCCUAGUUAACCGACAAGCAGGCAACCGAGUCCCAGUUCACCCAUCCAGGAUGCUCUGACACGCUUCCCAUGCUCUGCGGACUUGUACUGGCCGUACAACCAGGACGUUGGGUGUACUGUCGUGGACACAUGCAGCCACUUUCCUGGAACUGCUUGUGCAUGCAUCAGUGUGAUGAGGUUUGGGAACCGAAACCCGGUUCCAAAUUUUAAAUAAAUAAAAUAGUUCUGCUUAUCGGUUUCACCUACGCCUGGUGCCCUUUUUCUGGACUGGACGACGCUGCGCAAAGCAAUAGUACUUGUUUUGUUUAGGCAGCAUGGCCUAGAUUUGAGAGAGUUAGCAAGCACACGAGUCAGCCGUGCGCCACGGACCGCAGGUUUUCUGCUCCGCUCUGAUCCCCAGUAGCGGUUUGCUGUCAGCCGCUGCCGCUCUCAAUCGCGCACACGUCAUUCUCAACCCAGUAUGAGUUUUCCAAGAUGAAAAGCAUUGAAUGUUCCUUUGCUUUUUAACUCCUGUUUAUAAUGGCCGCCAGUUCAUGUAUAAAGUAAACAAGCCUGCCCGUGUCUCUCAGCAUGCGGCACGGAAACCGACACAGGCAGAGUGGAGCAAAGUCUCAGAGAGAAGAGCGUUUUUCUGUGAGCAUGUGAUCAGUUUUUACCCCGCCCUUCAGAGAAUCGGAAUCAAGAAUCAAAUGUUUGGGACUUCUCCCUUUAUUAGAUAGUGACAUUGGAUAGACAGGAAAGAGGGAGAGAGAGAGAGAGAGAGAGGGGAUGACACGCAGCAAAGGGCUGCAGGUCAGAUUUGAACCCGGGCCGCUGCAAAGGCCUCAGCCUACAUGGGGCGCGCGCUCUUACUGGGUCAGCUUGAGGCCACCCCAAGAUUUUUUGGCAUUUUAGGCCUUUAUUUGAUAGGACAGCAUAGACGUGAAAGGGGAGAGAUGGAAAGUGGCAAUACAUGCAGCAAAGAGCCGCAGGUUAGAAUUUAACCUGCAGCAACGACUCAGCCUCUGUACAUGGGGCGCACGCUCUACCAGGUGAGCUACCCAGGCGCCUCGGGAUCAAGAAUCUUUAAGAACCGGAAUCGAUAAGCAGAAUCAAAAUGGUUAAAAUCCAAACGAUAUCCAAGCCUGCGUGCGACAGACAAGUCCGCAGCUGUCAGAGCCCGUCUCCACCUGCAACGUUGUCAGCUGGGUGUCUGCCUGCCCGGCCGAUUCAACCCGACAGUCCUCCUCCAUAUAGGGGCAGGUGUCCCGUAGCUAUGCGCAGUAAACACGAUAGAUUUUAUAGCCUAUUUUACCAUACAAAAAGUUUUUUUAAUUACUUCCUUGAAGGCUUUCUGGAAGAAUGGUUACUGCUUCACUACAUUCCUGCUCAUCACAUGUUCCUGGAGACUGAACUCAGAAAAACAGAGCUCCUCGUACCCGAGCCUCUUUUUAAUCAAACCUUCACAAACUGGAGAUUGUGUGUUUUCUUCGUUUUGUUCAAGAGCCUCACAUGUAUCCCCUUGUCCAGUUACCAUGAGAAUAGCAGCUAACACUGGGGAUAAAAAUCUCUCUCAUUAAGCACUUUAGUUCGGACGGUGCAUUUAGCUGACAAGAUGUGUGAUUUCCCGGUAAAGGGCAAUGACCUUGUUUUAAAAUUGGGAAGUUAUGCAAUUCAAGUAUUUCUGCUGAAAGCCUUUGUGUCUUGCACAAAGACACACUGAAACUUCUAGUAGCAAAGUGAGUAUAUAUUAGCCUAUUUGAGAAGGGGCAAUACUUAACUGAUGUAAAUAAAAAAAUAAAAAAAAGAAACAAAAAAAUAUGGAUAAAUAAAUAAAAUAAGCGGUUGUGUCCACAAAUGCCAGUCGAGGAGAAGAACGUGCAUUUCUUAACAUGUAACUAGGGUUGUACCGAAUAGUUCAAAGCUUUAUUCAUAACGUUGACAAAUUUCUUUAGCAUGUGUAUUCAUUUUGUUUGAACACUAUUUCUGCACAGUUGCAGAUAAAAGAUUAGGCUACACUAAUUAAAAUUUUUUUUUGAUUAACAAUUCUUUUUAAGAUGUGUGGGCAUUAUUUAGGCCUUUAUUAUGCAGGACAGCUGAAGAUGUGAAGGGAGAGAGAGAAUGAUGUGCAGCAAAGGGCUGCAGGUUGGAAUUGAACCUGGUGGUGCCCACUCUACAAGGUGAGCUAACCAGGCACCCCAACAAAACAUGAACAUAACCCCCCCCCCCCCAGUCAUCACCAUCCACCCAGACAAAAAUCUAAAUAUUGAAGACUGUACAAAACAAAAUGGACAAACCAAAUGAACAUACAGUAUGUAUAUGACAACACCAUAAGGCCAUCAUAAACGUCUCACCCCAACUUGAGCCCUACAGAAAGCUCAAUAACCGUCUCCAUUUUCUAGUGUCAACAUCCAAUCUGGAGAACUGUUUGUAUGACAUCUUUUAAAUGCCGACCCCUAGCCCUAAUAUUAAUUUUAUACCAUUUGUAGAAUUAGAGUCCAGCUGUGUAGUAUUGUUUCAGAUAGGAGUUAUCCACACAUUUCCAAAAACGCCUCAGAGCGUCGUUUCUGUCGUAGCAUAGCAUUGCUACAAGCCUAAGGGCGAUUAUUAUUAUCAUCAUCAUCAUCAUUAUAAUAAUAAUAAUUAUUAUGCCCUUAUUGGAUUGGCCUGCUGCCUACAUUGAUUGUUUUUUAGGGUGAUGACCUCAGAAUAUAACGACUUUAUAAACGAAAACAUUUGUAAAGAAAAAAAUAAAGAAAAAAAAGGCAACAUUCGGUACAACCCUACAUUUUACACUACGCCUGAUUUGACCAUCUGUUAUAUUUUACUCCCUAACCCUAAUUUGAUAAGCAGAUGUCUAAUGCACUCACAUAGUGAUUUUUCAUGUUUUGAAUAUGCAGGAAAUGCGCCCACGGGGCUUCCUGCUGGAAUGGUUUUCGUCACGUAGUAUGUAACCGUUUGUGUGAAGGGACAAGGUUGCAUCGUAUAUAGCUCGACGACCUCAAACCUUUUGUCUAAACAGAUGGGAAGGAACGCGGAGAUAGAAAAUGCUCUGGUUAAGAAAUUUUCACGGUGUGACAAUCAAGGUCAUCGAACUCGUCUUGAUUAAACAAGACACACGAAGCCGCGGCGAGCACAUUAUGUUCCCGCCGGCUGCAAACUCACCUUCUGUAUUCACAUGCAUUAUUUUGCUCACAGUACCUCAGUACAGUUGCUGGACUGAGUCUUGACAUGUAUACAAGCGAAACAGAGAAAAAAAAAAAAAAAAAA